CAGGCAGUCCUGCCAGCCAUGUGGGUUCAGCCGAGUGAGAAGCAAAACCACGCUUCCGAAAAUGUUAGGAGCUGCUCUUCGCUCCCUCUGAGGCCUCUGGAUUAGGAACUGUGUUUCAAAUGAAAUCAUAUCUACUGAAUGGAAUUCUCGUACUUUGCUGUCAUUUUGAUGUUUUCAUCUGGUCUUCAUCACUUCUACCAGGCACUUCCUGCGAGAAUGGGGGCAGGCGCUCUCGCUAUCUGUCAAAGUAAAGCAGCGGUUCGGCUGAAAGAAGACAUGAAAAAGAUAGUGGCGGUGCCACUAAAUGAGCAGAGAAGUUCCACGUAUAAAAAGCUAUUUGGAGUCAGUCUGCAAGACCUUCAGCAGCAGGGACUCACUGAGAACGGCAUUCCAGCAAUAGUGGGGGAUAUAGUGGAGUAUUUGACGAAACAUGGACUCACCCAGGAAGGCCUUUUUAGGGUGAAUGGCAACGUAAAGGUGGUGGAACAGCUCCGAUGGAAGUUUGAGAGCGGAGUGCCGGUGGAGCUCGGGAAAGACGGGGACGUCUGCUCAGCAGCCAGUCUGUUAAAGCUCUUCCUGAGGGAGCUGCCAGAGCGCGUGAUCACCUCGGCCCUACAGCCUCGAUUCAUUCAACUCUUCCAGGAUGACAGAAAUGAUGCUCAGGACAGUAGCUUAAGAGCAUUAAUAAAAGAGCUGCCAGAUGUCCACUACUGCCUCCUCAAGUACCUAUGCCAGUUCUUGACAGAAGUGGCCAAGCACCAUGUGCAGAAUCGCAUGAAUGUUCACAAUCUCGCCACUGUAUUUGGGCCAAAUUGCUUUCAUGUGCCACCUGGGCUUGAAGGCAUGAAAGAACAAGACAUCUGCAACAAGAUAAUGGCUAAAUUACUAGAAAAUUAUGAUACCUUGUUUGAAGUAGAGUAUACAGGAAAUGAUAACCAGAGAUGUGAAAACAUGGCUAGGAUUAUCAUAGUAAAAGACAAGUCUUGCAUUUUGCAUUGGGAGGCCAGUUGUAAGAACCCCUUACCCAUCCUUCUGACAAAAGACUUAGACAUGCAAAAACCAUCUCUAAAAACCAGGAUCCCAAAAUCCAGGAGUGAGGGAUCUAUUCAGUCACACAGAGUACCACAACCAGAGCUGUCAGAUGGUGUUCCUCAGGUCAGCCUGCGGCUAAGUCGUAGAAAACCCUACUGGAAUGAUGUGAAUUCAGCAGAAGAUGCUAGUGGUGCAAAGUUGGUAUCCAGUUCGCAGGAGGAUGAAAGACCUAUGUCACCUUUCUAUUUGAGCACGCAUGUAUCCCAAGUCAGCAAUGUUUCAACAACUGGAGAACUCUUAGAAAGAACCAUCCGGUCAGCAGUAGAGCAGCAUCUUUUUGAUGUUAAUGGCCCUGGAGGCCAAAGUUCAGAGGACUCAGAGUCUGGAACAUCAUCAGCGUCUUCUUCCACAUCUGCCAGACAGCGCCGCCGCCAGUCCAAAGAGCAGGAUGAAGUUCGACGCAGCAGAGAUGUGGGACUUAUCGACAAAGAAAAUAUUCCUUCUGGGUUCAGCAGCCUCGAAGAUUGUAUUUUGAGUGCUCAGGAAGUGGAAAAGUUGUAUGAAAAUACUUCUGGUUGUGUUGGAGAAAGGGGCAAACCUAAACGUCAGAAAUCCAGUUCCAAACUCUCUGAACUCAAUGAAAAUCAAGAUGGUCUUGUGAAUAUGGAAAGCCUCAACUCCACACCAUCUCAUGAGAGGGCUGGACCUGAUGAUGUUGAACUGAUGUCCGACGAAAGCAAAGAAAAUGAAAAAGACGGCAGACAUACCCAGCAUUUUGAGAACCCCACAAUGAAGAUUCAGGAGCACUCCGGCAUAACUGACACCAAACUGCAGAGGACCCAAGAUGCCGAUGAGCAGCAGGAGAGCUUUGUCUCCGAAGUGCCUGAGCUGGACCUGACUGCAUUGUGUGACGAGAAGAGCUGGGAAGAGCCAGUCCCUACCUUCUCGUGGCAGCAGGAGAACGUGGACUCCGACGAAGCGCACCUCUCCCCACAGGCUGGGCGCCUGAUUCGUCAGCUCCUGGAUGAGGACAGUGACCCCAUGCUCUCUCCUCGGUUCUACGCUUAUGGGCAGAGUCGGCAAUACCUGGAUGACACAGAAGUGCCUCCUUCUCCCCCAAAUUCCCAUUCUUUCAUGAGGCGACGGAGCUCCUCUCUCGGGUCCUACGAUGAUGAGCAGGAGGACCUGACACCUGCCCAGCUCACGCGACGGAUUCAGAGCCUUAAAAAGAAGAUCCGAAAGUUUGAAGAUAGAUUUGAAGAAGAGAGGAAGUACAGACCUUCCCACAGUGACAAAGCAGCCAAUCCAGAGGUUCUAAAAUGGACAAAUGACCUUGCCAAAUUCCGGAAACAACUUAAAGAGUCAAAACUAAAGAUAUCUGAAGAGGACCUAACCCCCAGGAUGCGGCAGCGAAGUAACACGCUCCCCAAGAGUUUUGGUUCCCAGCUUGAGAAAGAAGAGGAGAAGAAGCAAGAGCUCAUGGAUAAAGUAAUAAAGCCCAGUGUUGAAGCCACACUGGAAUCCAUCCAGAGGAAGCUCCAGGAGAAGCGGACAGAAACCAGCCGUCCUGAGGACAUUAAGGAUAUGACCAAAGACCAGAUUGCUAAUGAGAAGGUAGCUCUGCAGAAAGCUCUGCUAUAUUAUGAAAGCAUCCAUGGACGGCCGGUAACCAAGAACGAACGUCAGGUCAUGAAGCCGCUGUAUGACAGAUACCGGCUGGUCAAACAGAUCCUGUCCAGAGCCAACACCAUACCCAUCAUUGGAUCCCCCUCCAGCAAGCGGAGAAGCCCUUUGCUGCAGCCAAUUAUUGAGGGCGAAACUGCUUCCUUCUUCAAGGAGAUAAAGGAAGAAGAUGAGGGCUCAGAAGAUGACAGCAACACAAAGCCGGACUUCACAGUCACUCUGAAAACCGAUUUCAGUGCACGUUGCUUCCUGGACCAAUUUGAAGAUGAUGCUGAUGGGUUUAUUUCCCCAAUGGAUGAUAAAAUACCAUCAAAAUGCAGCCAAGACACCGGGCUUUCAAACCUCCAUGCUGCUUCAAUACCGGAACUCUUAGAACAUCUUCAGGAAAUGAGAGAACAAAAGAAAAGGAUUCGAAAGAAACUUCGUGAUUUUGAAGACAAUUUUUUCAGACAAAAUGGAAGAAGUGUCCAGAAGGAAGACCGCACUCCUAUGGCUGAAGAAUACAAUGAAUAUAAGCACAUAAAGGCAAAAUUAAGGCUCUUGGAGGUGCUCAUCAGCAAGAGAGACACUGAUUCCAAGUCCAUGUAAGGGGCACAGCCCCAGCCGGCACUAAGGGGGCUGAAGGUGCAGGCUGGACUUGCUACCCACCUCCCCUGGUAAAUAGCAUCUCUGCAAAACCCGGAAGGCAGCGUGGGAGCUGGACCUCAGAGCACACAGUCCUACUGCCUCCGGGCCUUUGGGAUCAGCUCCAGCUUCCAUCGCCUGCCUUAGAAGCUGUCUGCAUGGGAGAGGGUAACUUGCUCCGACUUAAGACUUUUGCAAGGAACAGUCAAGAUCCCACGGGUGCACGUGGAUACUGCAGGGGAAGCUUUACUAACGUUGGCCAUGCUGAAUCACUACGUUGAGACACGCUCAUCUACAGAGAAUAUACACUAUUCUUCCCUGGAUAACUGAGAAACAGGAGACCAUUCUCUGUCUAACUGUGAUGAAUACAAGCUCAGGACUUCCCUCUAGAGAACGAACUUGCUGUGCAGGUCCAUGUUCUCUUUCCCAGGAAAGUGGGAACACGUGCUGGAGCCCUGUUUGCUGCCUCGGCCAUUCUCGUGACCUUUCCACAGAGCUGCGCCUUUCCCCACCCGUGUGGAUCGUGUCCUCUUCAGUUCUCAGGAAGACGGAAGCCGUACCUGCCCAAAAUGGCAGUGCAGUCAUCUAUUUGAUGGUGUGUUUCUUCAAGACUCCCUCAGCUGGCGAAGCAUUUUGUUUCCUGACUAGGACUGGAUCAUCUGCAGAGGAUGGAGGGAAUGUGGCUAUAUUAAUGUUGAUUUUUAAUUCAGGCAACAGGGUGAAGAGCCUGGAAAAUUCUUUCCUGAACAUGGAUUGCACUUAUCAGUCUCAGAUUUUAACACCAAACACUGAGCAAGGCCAGCAUGCUAUGACAUCCUGUUUGGGGCUUGGUUUCCUUUGACUCUUACCAAACAUAAAAGAUCUUGCUGACUUCUUAGCUUAAGUGUUGAGGAUCAUGAGAGAGAGAAAGAGCGAGCCUGUGUUCUAAACCUUCUGAGUACUUACCAGAGUUUAAUUUUUUUUUUUUAAGUAAACCUGCACUAAAAUCCCCUGAGGGGUAAAUGUAGCCCUCAGAACUCAGCCGAAGGCAGAAUCUAAAUCACACUAUUUUCAAGAUCAUGUACGUAUAAAGAGGAAAAUAAGGGUGUGUGGUCACUUAUGAUUAUAAUUUUUUUCAAAGACUGUGUCACAAAGCUGUCUAUAUUAGACAUUUGGGGAAGACCAGGGAAUUUAAAGCACCAAACCAUUCAUCUCUCGCUGUGCUGAUGUCACCUUGUGAUUUGUUGUUCCUUUUUAACCUUCUGCAUCUGCACUGAGGAAAGUGAAUUCUGUUUCUGCCUGUCCGUCCGAGGCCCACCUUUGUGCUUUGUGAGGUUGAGGUCAAGUGUCUGCACACCAGCCACUGGUUGCCAAGAGAAGGCACUUCAGCAGGCUCUGCCUUUUAAAGAUCAAGUCGCAGGAUGAACAGGAGAGCAAGGCUGCCCUCCUCUGUUUUGAGAGUUGCUUUCUUAAAGGGUACCAUUUUGUUUUGUUUGAUAAUAAGAAGAAAAUAAAGAGAACGCUAAACUCUAUACAGACCGGUUGUCAGUUUCGAAACGGGCUCUUGAGAAACUGGUCAGAUUGGAUUUAUAGCAGUGUUUUCCAUUGCUGAGGUGAGGUAGAAGGUGUCAGUUGAAAAUCGUUUUAAGUCGGGAGUGGGGAAAAAGAAUACCUUUAAGUUUGCUCUUAACAAUAAUCAUAUAGAGAAGCAUGAGCUGUGUUUGGAAGUGCCCUGUUUUAAUCCACACAUUUAAAGACGGUACAUAUUCCUACAAAUUUAAAUGUACAUGAAUAUAUAGUUUGGUAUUCUUUGCUCUACUGUUUACAUUACAGAUCACUAUAAUUUCAAGGAGUUAUAUUAUAAAUAAAAUUAAGCACUUUAGGAUGUUUUCUAUUUUUGAAAUCUGAACAUGAAUCAUUCACAUGACCAAAAAUCGUAUUUUUUAAGGAAAUACAUGUCUAGUGUGUCCUUUUUAAGUAAUCAUUCUCUUAAAUAAGCUAUAAUAUAAAUCAAAUCAUUACCAGUUAACCUUUAAAGCACAUCUGUUGAAGAGUAUUGUUUUGAAAAUACUAAUAUGCUACACACAGAAUUUUAAAAGAAAAAUGCUAUAUAAAUGAGAAGCUACUAAAUGUUUGAAAUCUGUUGUUUCUGCCAAAGGUAAAUUAAGUAAAAGACUUAUCCAGGACUCCCCAUUCAAAUUUGUAUGAUGAAUAAAAGAAAACACCAAGUUACAGUCAAAUAAAUUGUGCAUGGAAUGUUGUGUUUUCCUUUGUAAUUUCUCAUCUGUAUACUUCCUAGAAUGGCGCCCACAUUAAAGGCGGAAAAGCCCUGUUUACACAAGACCCUAUCUGAAGACCUGGCAGUGGGUUUUGGCUCUGCCAGAAAGGCUGAGGCAAAUUUGUUUCCACAGCAACCAUUUCUGCAGCCCAGGGUCUCAUGGCCCUAGAGGCAGUGUCUUAAUUGGCUUCACACAGAAUACUCUGGACUGGGGUUUUUUCCUGUGCUCUCUUGGGAAUGUGUGUGUGUUUAUUAGCACAUGCCAACAAAACAAAUGUCGAGGGUUAUUUAAUAGCAAUGAUAAGUAAAGGUAAAGCGUGAAUAAACUUGAUGGUAUGAUUGUAAGAAUGAGAAAUAGCAGAGGCUUGUAAUUUUCACACACGCAUUUGCUUCUUAUCGUGUUCAGUCUGGAGUAAACAUUGAAAUAGAUGUUUAUAUUCAGUACGGUAUCAUGACUGCAUUUCAUCUCUGCAUCAUUUAGUUCAAAUCUCACUUUGCAGACAUGUUUGUGCAGGGUUUAGGAUCAGGGCCUGCUGAGUUUUUCAGACAGCAUGUUUGUCUUAAACUGGUAGAAGAAAGCUCACACAAUCUCAGUGAUCUCCCAAUUCAGGGGAAAUUUCCAUCGAAGACCAAACCAAAUUUCAAGCUGGGGAACUAAUUUUUUUGAAUUGCUAGCUAUAAGACCGCAUUGAGAGCUAAAAAUUAGAUUUCUUCCCUUUCAUUGACAGUUUGAAAUGUAAAGGUUAUUAUUUAUUGCCUAGGCAGGACUCAGCCACAUCUCUGUUUGUGACAUUGGUGUCAUUUUUGCGUUGUCUCAUUCUGAUGCAAUUCUUGCGUGGUGGCUGAAGAGGCUCUUGCAGGGCAUGCCUGCUCCCAGGUGUAGCAUUUCUGGACAAAUGCCGCAGGGCUGUGCUUGAAGCAUAAAUGUUGCACUGAGAUGUCCUGAGGCCAGCAGUCUUGGAGCCCCUGGGGGCUGAGCAUUUGUUAAUGUGGUUGAGCUUAGAAUUCCUAAUAAGCCAAAUAUUUAGGUUUAUACAAGGGGCGGUCGUGGUGCCAAUUAGGUUGGUUCUUUCUGGAACUUCUUAGUUCCCAGCAGACAGAAUUGGGCCCAGUAUCCAGAAAUGAUCAGAUUUACAAGGUAAAUCAAAUUUCAGUUGGUUGAUGAACUUUUUAAGAGAUUCUUAAUCUGAUAAUGAAGAUACCGCUUUUCUUAACAGUAACACCUUACUACUUUUGAUGGUAUAUUUGUAUUUGAGUACCAUAAACUAUUAACCGCUUUAUGAAAAGUUGGUUGUAGUCUAAAUUCUGUUUUGAUUUCAAGAAGAAUCUUCCUGACACACUGCUUCCUGGAUUUUUUUUCCCCACCCCUAGGUGGAGAGAGGUGGUUUCUGCCUCAUGAUCAACAUCUCCUUGAUGUUCUUUUCAGUAUCCACUUGGUUACGUCAACAGGGGGAGACAAAACUGUACUCAAAUGUGAAGCAGUGUUUCUUCUGAAGCACAUUGUGUGUGGCAGAACUCAGUGUGCUUUGUUUUCUUUUAUUCCCUUCUUUUAUGUUUUCUCCACUUGACCCUCAGAAUGUACUCAAGAGUACAUUUUGAUGUAAGACUAGCGAAACAUAUUUUCGAGUGUUCAAAUUGUGCACACUCACACCUUGCAUGGUGGCCAACCUGGCACGCUCCAAACAAGAAUGAUCUAUACGUCAGGCACUGCACUGGGGCACUGGCCAUUUUGCAGAAUCCAGAGUGUGCCCCUGUGGGUGCCUGCCUUCUUCUACCACGAUCCUUCAUAAUAGAUGUACAUAGGCUGGGGUCAAUUACCGAUGUACACAAAAAUGUUUGUGAAAUGAAAUCUGUACACCUACAAGUUCAUGUGGCUGGGAAGCUGCAGUUAUGUCUCUAGAGACUCUCAUUUUGCCUGGAACCCAGCCUGUUGUGGUCAUGCUCGCGCCUUGAGAAAUGGGUUUGGCAGAUCUCUUUCUCAGUCUGAAAGCACCUAUACAUACGGUCAUGCAAAUCUCCAAGAGUAGAUGCAAUUUUAGUUACUAAUAUGGGCCCAGAACAAUGUUUACACGACAUAUAAGCAGAAAGUAUUUGAAAUUACAGUUGUCCUUUUUUAAAAUGUAAACUGAAUGAAAAACGUUAUGUACAUUUUUGUACAUGACUGUAUUUUGUGUAAACUUAAAUAAAAUAUUUUUAACUGUGAA